AUGUCCGGAAGUCACAUCAUUUCUUUACGGGUACCGGGUACCCUCGUCGCACGCUCUUCCCAAGCACCCAUCUUGCCAAUACGGUCAAUCGCACAACCAGGAGCUAUCUAUAUUCCCCGAGGCGCUCGAUGCCAAUCCGUCGGAAAGUCAUGGAAAGGUUCACAAACGGAGGAACAUAGUAUCCCGCGGGCUAAGCGGGGCGAUACUAAGGACCCGUCCGCUUCAGCAGUUGCUUCCGGGAUGGAGGAAAGAGAAGUGAAUGAGGGGAUUGCAGAUAAGACGAAGUCGCAAGGCACAACUGAGAGAGGUGGUCGUCAGGCGGAGCGGAAGGCCAAAAAGGAACAUCCAGCGGCCCCGGAGCCAAUACUUGGGAUGAAUGAUGAACGAGGGGAGGUAUGA